GAGGCCUUUUGCAUGGGUUCCCCUACAAAGAGUUUGUCAUAAAGAGGACUUACUCAAUAUUAGGAGGGCUAUUAAAAAGCAUAUUAAAACUCAUCUCUUCUCUGAGUCUCUUAUUGGAGUUUCUCUGUGUGGGCAUGUUCCUUAAGAACGAAGUGGGUGGACAAGAGCGCACUGGGUACAAUUUGUGUAUUUGCAAGAGCAAGCAGAGGCUUUCACUGAGGAACAACAUAUGUUUCUGGGACUCCAUCUGUGCGAAAAGCACGUCGUACUGAAGUUGCACUAAGAAUAAAAAAAGACUUUGAAGACUUCUAUGUCAUACACCUUUCAUCAUCAGUGAACAUUUGGAACAGUGUGACUGAGUCUAAUUAGCUAGAUGUGCUACUCACUUCACGAGGCGAAGUUCCCAGCUGCACCUGUCCUAAGGGCAGCUCCUCCCACAAUCCUUCACGAGGCGAGCGCUGUGUACGUGGGGCCUGGGAGGACGUGCUCGCCCCGGGCUGAGCGCGCCUGCUUUGCCGGAGCCACGCCCCUGUCCCCUGCGGGCCUGGGUCCCUGUUGGGCGGGGCGGGGUGGGGCGGGACUUGCGUCCGGUCCCCACGCCCCCGUGGCUCGGCCGGCAGGUCCUGGCAGUCCCUCGCCGGUCACCUCGCCGACGCGAUGGCGGUCCCGGGCUCUCUGGCCGAGUGUGGCUACAUCCGGACCGUGCUGGGCCAGCAGAUCCUAGGACACCUGGACAGCUCCAGCCUGGCCCUGCCCUCCGAGGCCAGGCUGAGGCUGGUGGGCAGCAGCGGCCGCGGCGACACGGCGGCCCGGAGCCAGCGGAUCCAGGAGCAAGUGCAGCAGACCCUGGCCCGCCGGGGUAGGAGCUCUGCGGUCAGCGGGAAUCUUCACCGAACCAGCAGUGUUCCUGAGUAUGUCUACAAACUGCACUUGGUUGAGAAUGACUUUGUUGGAAGGCAAUCACCUGUCACUAGGGACUAUGACAUGCUAAAGGCUGGCAUGACUGCCACUUAUGGAAGUCGCUGGGGGAGAGGCACAGCACAGUACAGUUCCCAGAAGUCAGUGGAGGAGAGAUCCUGGAGGCAGCCUCUGAGGAGACUUGAGAUUUCCCCAGAGAGCAGCCCGGAGAGGGCUCGCUGUGCGCACAGCGAAUACCAGUUUGCCUGGAGGAGCCAAGGGGUGUCUGGUGGGCGCCUCACCCUGCCACGCUACGCACGCUCAGAGAUCCUGGGCCUUCGCCAGGCGGGCACAGUCCGCAGGCCACCUGGGUGUGGGUCGCUUAGUGAUGCUGUCUUCGACAAUGGUCCACUCAACCCCACAAUGCCCCCCAACCCUCCGGGCACCAGCCACAGCGCAGGCAGCCUGCUGGAGGAGACAGUGCGCGUGAGCCAAGCUCGGCCUCUGGGCGCGCAAAGCAGAGCAGCCCGCUCCUCCUGGCCCCGAAGCUCAGUCCGCAGCACCCUGCGGGACCCAGGGAGGAUGCUGCCCACCGCUGGCCAGGCUGCUGUGGGCAGCGGGGAUGCACAUGUGGACAGGAGCGCCUUCACUGAUGCCCAGCUCGGGAAUGCAGACAUGGAGAUGACCUUGGAGAGAGCUGUGAAUAUGCUUGAUGCAGACCAUGUACCACUGUCCAGGAUUUCUGCCGCAGCUACUUUUAUACAGCACGAGAGCUUUCAAAAAUCUGAAGCACGGAAAAGGGUUAAUCAGCUUCGAGGCAUCCCUAAGCUCCUACAGCUGCUCAAAGUUCAGAAUGAAGAUGUUCAGCGGGCUGUGUGUGGAGCCUUGAGGAACUUGGUGUUUGAAGACAAUGACAACAAGCUGGAGGUGGCUGAGCUGAGUGGGGUACCUCGCCUGCUCCAGGUGCUGAAGCAGACCAGAGACUUGGAGACAAAAAAGCAAAUAACAGGUUUGCUCUGGAACUUGUCCUCUAGUGACAAACUCAAGCACCUCAUGAUAACAGAAGCCUUGCUCACCCUGACAGAGAGUGUCGUCAUCCCCUUCUCAGGGUGGCCUGAAGGAGACUACCCCAAAGCAAAUGGCUUGCUGGAUUUUGACAUAUUCUACAAUGUCACUGGAUGCCUAAGAAACAUGAGCUCAGCUGGCCCUGAUGGGAGGAAGACAAUGAGAAGAUGCGACGGGCUCAUUGACUCAUUGGUCCAUUAUGUCAGAGGAACUGUGGCAGACUACCAGCCAGAUGAUAAGGCCACAGAGAACUGUGUAUGCAUUCUUCAUAACCUCUCCUACCAGCUAGAAGCAGAGCUCCCAGAGAAGUAUUCCCAGAGUAUCUACAUGCAAAACCGGAAUGUCCAGACUAACAGUAUCAAAAGUGUUGGGUGUUUUGGCAGUCGAAGUAGGAAAGUAAAAGAGCAAUACCAAGACAUACCGAUGCCUGAAGAGAAGAGUAGCCCCCGGGGCAUGGAGUGGCUGUGGCAUUCCAUUGUGAUAAGGAUGUAUUUGUCCUUAAUUGCCAAGAGUGCCCGAAACUAUACCCAAGAGGCGUCAUUAGGAGCUCUCCAGAAUCUCACAGCAGGAGGUGGCCCGAUGCCCACAUCAGUAGCUCGAAUGGUUGUCCAGAAGGAAAAUGGUCUUCAGCACACCCGGAAAAUGUUGCACGUGGGUGAUCCCAGUGUGAAAAAGACUGCCGUCUCCCUGCUGAGGAAUUUGUCACGGAAUCUUUCUCUGCAGAAUGAAAUUGCCAAAGAAACUUUACCAGAUUUGGUUUCCAUAAUUCCUGAUACAGUCCCAAGUACUGACCUUCUCAUUGAAACUACAGCCUCUGCUUGCUAUACAUUGAACAAUUUAAUGCAGAAUAGUUACCAGAAUGCACGAGACCUCCUGAACACUGGAGGCCUGCAGAAAAUUAUGACCAUCAGCAUAGGAGAAGGCUAUGCCCCCAACAAGGCCAGCAAAGCUGCUUCUGUCCUUCUGUACUCUCUGUGGGCUCAUACGGAACUCCAUACCGCCUACAAGAAGGCUCAGUUUAAGAAGACAGACUUUGUCAACAGCCGGACCACCAAAGCCUACCACUCCCUUAAAGACUGAUGAAGGUGAAAAUCAGCUCAGAGACCUCAGCUUCCGAGUUCUCCACUAUAUAAACUCCCCAAAGGAAACACCUAUUUUUCUACUAACUGACCCAAGAAACCUCAAAAAGCAUGCUUUGUUUAUAUUCUUUUCUAUUUCUAUCCCCCAAAUCUAGAGAAUGAAUAAUCACGAUAUAAUUUUGUUAGGCAUCCUAAAGACUUUUAUAAGGUUGCCGCUAGAACUUGUUAUGGAAUCUGUGUUUCCUGUAGAGGUAAUGGACACCAUUAUCCACAGUUACAGUAUAUGUGAGUUCAUGUGAGUGAGCAUCCAAGGAAUACCUGAGGAGAGAUUGUAUGACUAGACUUUUAAAGUGUGAUUGACAGACAUUUCUACCCUUUGUCUGGUUUUCGUUCUUGUCACUCAUCUGCAUGUUACUUCAUUGAACCCCAGACGUGUGUUCAACGACAUUGAACAGAAUAGAGAUGACAAGAAUAAAGCUUUGAUGGCAAAUCGUUUAAUCUGUGAUUGUUCUUAACCCUCUUGGGUUGAUUUGCUUUGCUUUAUCUUUUUUCCUCUAAUUUAAAUGGAAUGUAAGAAAUGUAGAUUACGGAGCUGCAUGGCAAUAAGACAAGGGAACUGAGAAGUGGUCAUAACAAACUUAAAACCAUCGGAUUAUAGAGGCCUGCCCAUCAGGCACCACUAAGAUGAGCAAAUCUGUGGUGGAGAAAUGGGAGAGAGCCGGGCGGUGGUGGCGCACGCCUUUAAUCCCAGCACUCGGGAGGCAGAGCCAGGCGGAUCUCUGUGAGUUCGAGGCCAGCCUGGGCUACCAAGUGAGUUCCAGGAAAAGGCUGUCUCGAAAAAACCAAAAAAAAAAAAAAAAAAAAAAAAAAAGAAGUCUGGCUAUGCAUAAAAACAAGUAUUGCUUAUGAAAUCCCAUGAUCUCCCUAUGCAUUGUAUAAAUGGGGUUUUUACUUCAAGAAAUCAUUUACGUGUAAUGUCACUAUUGGGUGCUGAUCUCUCUAGGUACAGUGUGAUCUGGACUUUUCUGCCCAUUGGAAUUGGUAUAAAAAUGCUUUGUUCUUCAGCAAGGUUCCAAGAGGAGCCAAGGGCCACCGAGGCAGUGAGACCGGACAAGGGCACCGAGAGCAGCUUGUUUUAAUGAGUCAUAGUGUCAACUUUGUCCACCUUUGAAAAUGUGGCACAGGGCCGCUGCAGCUCAUGCCCUCCCCGCUGGCACAAGGCAAGGGAGCUCUGGAGGAAGGACAGCAAGCUAUUGUGACUGAAACCAAGAAGCACCAGCCUUCAGCAGCCAGGGAAGUGCAUCUGUGGGAAAUGCAGGGUUAACUAGACAGUAAUUAGAGCCCUCCCUUCCCAGUAGCCCUCAACUACAGUUCUGCUGUUUAUUGAUCCUUUGAAGUCUGACAUCAUUUGCAUAGGAAAGUAAAAGAAAAUAACCCUUCAGCUACUUUGGUGGGAAAAAAAGGAACAGAAAAUAAAUCCCCAUUUCUAUCUAUUUAAAUGUGUAUUUAAUUCUGUAUUAUGUUGGAACUUUAAAUGUGUUUAACUUUAAAAGUUUCAGCUUAGGUAAUCAGCCCAGGUUGAGAAGUUUGUUUUUUUUAAACACUAAAUCUUUCACCAAAGCUCUAACAAUAAGCAUUUAGGGUUCAUUUAUUUCUCCAGAUAAGUGAUAUAAGCCUAAAAGUUUCUGUGGAUUUCUUUGUUUGCUUUUGGUAUCUUAAGGUGUUUAAUACGGUAUUCGGUUAUAUUAAAUACAAAAUGAGUGAAAGUGA